AUCGGUCGUAAAGAAACGCAACCGGUUUAAGCACUCUGUGCCUCUCUGUAGUCCGUAGAGAUGGGCUUUUCGAACUGGAAAGAUUCUUCCUAGUUCGUCGUUAUUACACUCUAAGACGCCCUCUACGAACUGUCUGUUCCGUAGAGAGAAGACAGUGACGGAAUCUCCAAGGACCUUGCGCUUCCUCUCCCCAAAAGAGAGAGAGAGAGAGAGAGAGAGAGUUUGUGUGUUUUAACACUUUACUCCUCUCUGCGCAAUGACUGAUGAGCCUUCUCAUACUCGCUGGUCGUUCAAGGAUUUCAAGACGUUUUAUGAUGCGAAAUUCGGGGGGAAAAGGGAUCCUGAGCAGAAAGAUGCUCCCUCGCAUGAUCAGACUGCAGAUUACAGUGGAGGUUCUUCGAAUGGUUCAGUUAAUGGGAAUGGAAGCGUAAGAAACACAUCUGAUAUGGCCAUUUACGAGCAGUUUCGGAAUCAGGAGAAAAAGAGCACACCAAAGCUUAAUGGAGUUUCUUCUGACAGAUUUAAUGAAACACCGCCGAAACCGCUGUUUCCACCUUUAGAAUCUGUAGAAAUGCGUGCAUUGGCAGAAAGUUUAUGUAGGGAUAUUAUUCGUGAGAGUCCAGAUGUGAAGUGGGAAAGUAUCAAGGGAUUGGAGAAUGCCAAAAGACUUCUUAAAGAAGCAGUUGUCAUGCCAAUAAAGUAUCCCAAGUACUUUACUGGUCUUCUAUCACCAUGGAAAGGUAUUCUACUUUUCGGCCCUCCAGGAACGGGGAAGGUCUGUUCGCAUACUUUAUUAUCAUUGAUUAAUGUUUUGAAAUUUUGCUUAGAUGGAAAUAUAGAUCUGUUAUUAAUCUUCUGUCGGUUGUACUAUCUACUGCUUGUCCGUCUAAGAAUGGAAAACUUGAAGUCAUCAGGCAGCUUCUCUGAAUAUGAACAGUCCCCAAAAAGACAACGAGUUGUCGAAUUUGUUGGAUUGACCUCAAUGUUGGUUCUACGUUAUUUGCAAAAAUUGAUCAUUCAUAUUAGACUGCAGAUGGAUGGUUUGACGAGGACAGAUGAACUUGUUUUUGUUUUGGCUGCAACGAAUCUGCCUUGGGAACUGGAUGCAGCUAUGCUUCGGCGUCUUGAGAAACGGAUCCUUGUUCCUCUUCCGGAGCCAGAAGCAAGAAGAGCCAUGUUUGGGGAACUCUUGCCAUCACCAUCAGUACCUGGUGAAGAAGAACUUCCAUAUGAUGUACUGGUGGAAAGGACAGAAGGUUAUUCAGGUUCAGAUAUCCGGUUAGUCUGUAAGGAGGCUGCCAUGCAGCCCUUGAGGCGGUUAAUGGUACUUCUGGAAGAUAAUCAAGAAGCUGUGCCUGAGGAGGAGUUGCCGAAGGUUGGUCCAAUCAGGCAUGAAGAUAUUGAGAUCGCCUUGAAGAACACUCGACCAUCUGCUUAUGUCAAUGCCCACCGUUACGAAAAGUUCAAUGAUGAUUAUGGGAGCCAAAUUAUCCAAUGAUGACAGUCCAGAUUAAUAAAGCAGGGUACGAGUGGGGUGUGCUGGUGUGGUGUGUUGCCAGAUCGUUUUCUUGAGAUCAAAGUACGAGGAAUAGUUCAGAAUCAUGGAAUCAUCUCACAAAAUCCCUACAUCCUCACUUGGUAAAGAAGUGUUGGCAGUACUGGCGAUUUUGAAGCUGCUACUUUUUACGUAUUGUUGGAUAUUUUUCUCUUUCCAGUUUUUAUAUAUAUCUAGAUUCUUCAUGUGACUGAGUCACUUUAGGGAUAGGUGCAUUUGUGAAGAAUCAGGAAAGGAACUCCAAACCCCCCCCCCCCUUUUUUUGGGAACAGUUUUUUGGGUUGAUAAGAAAUUUUUUGUGUAACGAUCAUGUUAGGAGAGCAUGUUACUUUAGUACAGGAUCAUCAAUCUGAGAAGGAAAUUCUCAAAAUACCUAGAUUCCUUCGUGGUAAUUAUUGUGACAUUUUUCCAUAAUCAGUCUUUGAUACCA